AUGCAACCAAACGAUAAGGAAGAGAAUCGAGACCGAGAGCUGGUCCUCAGACAUCAUCACACUCCCUCUGAGUCCCGGAGCCUAAUUCCAAUGUGGGAUAGUGCGGACCCGAAAAGAGCUCCUCCUCCCCUACCUCUCAACCCAGGUGGCCCUAAUAGCCCCGUUACUCGAUCAAAUGCAUCGGCUACAGUACAAGCAGCAGCUGCUGCACUCGCGGAAAAAAGCCAGGAAACAACUCCGAGCUCAUAUACCGUCAAUCCUAUGCCAUUGAAGCCCACGUCCCCAGAAAAGUCUUUAAUAAAGGGACAAUAUCAUAAACGGAUGCAGUCACUGCAGAAUGCGACAAAUAACAACGAAUUUGCGUCUUACCUUGAGCGCCGCUCCUCUCCUGAGAAAUAUAGACGCAAUAGUGUGUUUGAUCGGGAUGACAGAAGUGCUGACACGACCCCUACUCGAGGAGGAGCAGCUGAUACCACUACUCCAAAUCAUGAUUCGCCAACGCAGGCGCGAAUUUCGAAUCGGUACCUUAACAAGCCUAUUCUCGGAGAAAAUACACCCCCAUCUGCUACGAUGCUGGCAUUGCGCGAUAUGCAGAUUCCAAUGGACUUGGCCAUGCCCGCCGAGACCCCAAGCAAACCCGAGAAACCGACAAAAAUGCCGGAAAGUUUUGAUGCUCUAUCAGCUCAGAUUGUCAGCCUGACUAAAAUUGCUACGUCCCUGCAGCAAGAAAUGAGUCAAUUGAGUCGCCGAAGUAAAGACAAUGCCACAGACUUAAUUAGCCUCAAAGCUGCAACAAACGCCAGGGAUGAAGAUAUCCGAAAGAGCCUCAAAGAUCUAACUGCCAAUCUUUCUUCCAAAAUCUUCGACCCAGACCCACACACAACUACUCCCCGAGGAACUCCUUAUAUACACCCUGCAACUGGAGGCUUUAUGCUUGGUGACAGUAAACCCCAUGAAUCAUCUCCAAGCUCACGCAAAAGUUUCUCAGGUGCUAGAAUGUCGAGCCCGGGUAGCUUUGCAGCAGCUUUGGAAAGAGAUCUCGCAGCCUCCCCAGGCCCUAUCUCUGACGGCUCUGCGAGCAUCGCGCUCUUAGAGAAGGUGUUACGGGAAAUGGCUACAAAGGAAGGGCAGGAGAAACUCUUGACACUUAUGGAGGAUGUACAAGCCCGUCCCACCGAAAAAGACAAUACCAUGACUAUGAUGCUUUCGGAGAUCCUCAAUCUUGUGAAGGAGAACUCCGGAAGCCGGGCAUUGGUCCGUUCAAGAGGGGAUAUGGGAAACCAACUCUUCGGUGACAAACCUCAGACCCCUGAUUUUGGUCAAGGCACUCGAUCCGGUCCAAUGGGCUUGAGCGCAUCCCCAACUCCAAUUCGCAGCAACUCCGAUUCCAACAUCAAUGCAUCCUUACAGCCAUCUAAUCCUUUGGCGGAUGAUUUGAUGGCUAUGCUUAAGCGUGUCAAGCAGAGCGUUACGGAAGGCGGUGGCAUAACUAGUGAAGUCAAAGCACUUGUUCGCGAACUCCGUGGUGAGGUAUUAGGCAUGGGCCGAGACAUUGCACGUAAACUUGAAGAGGCCCAGAAAACCAAGUCAAUCGAUAGUCAGGUGCCUUCAGGGCCUGGAAAGGAAGAAAUUGAGCAAAUUGUCACUGGUGCUUUGGUUGAUUUACGACAACAGAUGGACCAUAUUAUCGAAGAGAAUGCGCGAAACACUGCAUCUACAGCUAUAACACGUCCAAUUCCUGAUAGCCAAGAGAUAUAUGCUGUGGUUAAAAGGGCUCUUCAUGAAAUCCCUCUUCCUCAGCCACAACUUCCUCCUCCCCAAGACCUUGAGCCCGGCCUCCAAAGAGACGAAAUUCUGGAGACUGUCAGGGAAGCCUGGGAAACAUAUAAGCCAGAGAUUGAGCUUCAGAAUUUCGGACUUGAAAGAGACGAGAUCCUAGAAUGCCUGUCUGAAGGAUUGAAAGGGUACCAACCACAAGAAGAACCCAUUGAUCCAGAUGUAGUCUAUCAACAGGUUCUCGAUGCUGUUCAUACCGAGUUACAGAGUUUUGAACCUCCUCGGAUUGAGCCUGACAUUUCGAGCAUCCGCGAGGCUGUUGUUAGUGCGGUUCAGGAGUCACUGAAAGGCAUCGAGUGGCCAGCUCCACAGGCGGUUGAGAAGGAGGACACUCUUAAACGAGACGAUGUGUUGAGUGCAGUUCAGGAGGGCCUCACAUCCCAGGAGACUUUGAAGCGUGAUGAUGUCUUUGCAGCUGUACAAGAAGGGCUAUCCCACCAGGAGAUACUCAAACGAGACGACGUCGUUAGUGCCAUGCAAGAAGGAUUUGCUUUCCAGGAGCCACUCAAGAAAGACGAUGUUUUCGGUGCUGUCCAGGAAGGUUUGUCAUCUUUACCAGAACCUCUCAAAAAGGAAGAUGUUUUGAGUGCACUACAAGAAGUGCUCGCGAAUCAGGAGCCCAUCAAAAAGGAUGAUGUAUUGAGUGCUGUUGUGGAGGGAUUGGCCGCCCAAGAACCGAUUAAACGUGAUGAUAUCUUAAGCGCCGUUCAAGAAGGGCUUGCGAAUCAAGAGGUGCAACCGAGAGAAAUCGAAAUUAAUCGUGAUGAUAUAUUCGAUGCACUGAGACUCAGUCUUGAGGAUGCAUCUGGGGCACUGACUAGCAACCUCGGCGAACAGCUCAUUGAACACCUGCAUGGCAUGAUCCUAGAGAUGAAGGAUGAAUUCAAGGAGUAUUCCGCUGCAAAUGGCAGAGACACAGAGCAAGUUCUUGAUGCAACUAAAGAUGGACUUGAGGUUCUUCGUGGCCAAAUCGAAUCCUACAUUGACCGUACGGCAGGAGCGAAUGGCAAGGAUGAAAUUAUUGAUACUGUCAAGGACGGAUUCCGCCUGCUUCAAUCUGACGUUGAAAAAUGUAUAAGGGAAUCGACUGAGCGGAACCCUUCUGAUACCGUGGAACUACUGGAUGCCAUGGAAAAAGAGUUCGAACACCUUCGUCAGACACUAAGCAGUUUGCUUAUUCGAUCAAAUACCACGUCUGAUAAGGAUGAGAUCCUGGAUGCUAUCCGAGAGAUCAGCGACAGUGAUGCCCUGAAGAAAAACACUAGUAAUUCGGAGGAUAAGGACGAAAUCCUCAAUGCAAUUCGGGGAAUCAGCGAGAGUGAAUCGUUUAAGAACAGUCACUCAGAACUUGCCGAUACCAUAAAGCAGGAGCUUGAGCACUUGCGUCAAACUAUUUCCAUGGCCAUAGUCAAACCUGAAUCUUCACUUGACAAGGAUGAACUCCUUUCUGCCUUCAAAGAGCACCUCCAAGCGGCAUUUGAAGAGCACCAUGAACGCAAGGAUGGGAAUGAAAGCAUCAUAUCAAACACCAAUGAGCUUCUCGAUGCUUUCCAUGAUGGGGUAGAACAAUUGCGAGCCGAAAUGGACAAGCUUCACGACAAACCAAUUGAACCCAGCGUUGAUAAGGAGCUGCUGGAGAACCUUCGCGAUGAAGUUGCUGGGCUCAAGGCAGGCAUGGAUCGCCUAAUUGAGUCCCAGAAGGAGGCAGAAGAAGCAAAUACUGCAAGAGGAGGAGAGAUCAUGCUUGCGGGCGAUGCUUCCAUCGGAGGCGACAUCGAUGGCCUGAAAGCCCUCGUCACCCAGCUUCAAACAAAGGUAGAAGCUAUCGAGGUCAAUCCGGUCGUUCCUGAAAGAGGUGAAGACCCAGACAUGGUAAAGAAGAAUGACUUGGCUGAAGUUCUCAAUGCCAUAAAGGAAGUGCACGGAUCUGUGAACGAAGUCGCCGCCAGCAGCAAUGCGGCUCGGGAGGCCCCAGAAAAGGAGGUCGACCCAGAUGCCGUAAAGAAAGACGACCUUACCAAAGUUCUCGAUGCUAUUAAGGAAGUGCAUGGUUCAGUCAAUGAAGUGGCCGCUAACAAUAGCGCAACCCGCGAAGCACCAGCAGAAAACGUGUCAUCGGCUAGUAAAGAAGAAAUUGAAGCUCUCCAGACCCUCUUGCAGGGAAUGAAGACUCAAUUGGAUGAAAUUACCCCUUCCACGAGUGCAACCUGGGUUACAGCCGAAAAAGUGGAAGCAUUGGAAACAUUGGCCAAGGAGACUAAGGAGACAAUGAGUGUGUUUGCUACUCAUAUCGAUAUUGAAGGGCCAACCAAGGAGGAUAUCAAGAAUCUGGAGGGCAUCAUGAAGGAUGUCUGGGUUGUCGUCGAAGAAAUCAAGACAGCACAGAACCCUGAAAAGGAGGAACCCAAGGAGGACCCCGAAAAGGUAGUGAAGGGAGAUGUAAAGAACCUUGAGACCCUUCUAUUUGAGCUGAAGGCCCAGAUUGAGGAACUUGUUCUGCCGGAUGUCAACACCUUACCUACGAAAGAGGAGAUCACCAACCUUGCUAAUACCGUCAAUGAAUUUAAGGAGAAGAUGGAUGCCGAAAACGAGCUUACGGCCCAGGCAUUCGAAGCACGAAAGGUGGAACAUGGUGGCCUAGCAGAGAAAAUCGAGGAGGCAAAGCUGUUUAUUGUUGAUUUCCGGGAAGAUUUCAAAACCAAGCUCACUGAAAGUGAUGGAACGCUAGGUGAUAUAAAGACGAUCCUCGAAUGUCUUAAUGAUUCUGCUGAGUCAUUCGCGAAAGCUGAUACCAUAAAGGAGCUUUCUGAGCUCGUGAAACGCGAAUCCGAACGAUCACAUGGAGAUCAUGAGGCUACGAAGGUUGAAGCAGCUGAAAGAGGUACAGCCUUGCUGGAAAAGAUCGAGGAGCAUCGAAAUGGCCUGAAGGCAGAUAUUGAGGCCGAGAUCGACAAGAAAUUCCAAGAGGUCAUUACCAAAUAUGAAGAUGCGCAGCUCCUCGUGGACUCCAAAUUUACUGCCGCUGAAGAGCGAGAUGCCCAAGGCCUUGAAGCGCUGACGAGUACUAAAGCCGUCGCUGAAGACCUUAAACUCGUUAUUGGAGGAAUGGGCCAGAGCUUAACAGAAACAUGCGAUAAAAUAAACGACGACGCAAAAACGUUCUUUGGCAGAGUUGAUGAGUCUUUUGAGAGGUUUGACCACUUGCACGAAGAAAUGAAGUCGUUCACUGGGCGAGUUGAUGAGUCCUUCGGCAAGAUAGACAAUGUACGAGAGGACAUGAAAGCCUUUACUCAACGGGUUGAUGACUCUUUUGGCAAGGUAGACAACUUACAUGAAGACAUGAAAGCUUUCUCUGGACGAGUGGAUGAAUCUUUUGGCAAAGUUGACAACCUACAUGAAGAUGUGAAAGCCUUCUCUGGGCGGGUUGAUGAAUCUUUCGGCAAGGUGGAUAACUUGCAUGAGGACCUCAAGGCCUUCACCGGACGGGCUGAUGAGUCCUUUGGCAAGGUCGACAACUUGCAUGAGGAUUUGAAGGCCUUCUCUGGCCGAGUCGAUGAGUCUUUUGGAAAGGUAGACAACCUACACGAGGACGUGAAAGCCUUUUCUGGCAGAGUCGAUGAAUCCUUUGGGAAAGUAGACAACUUACAUGAGGACGUCAAGACGUUCUUUGGCCGGGUUGACGAGUCUUUCGGCAAGGUUGACAAAAUGCAGGAAGACGUUAUGCUACAGAAUGAGGAUAUGAAAGCCCAAUUUGAUAAAGCAGUUGCAGCUACCGACCGCAUCGAAAGUCAGAUUUCCCAAACACACCCUGAGCUCCUUAGCUCCAUUAAGGAAAUUCUCGCUGUUGUUGGCCAGCAUUAUGAGCAUUCUCAACAAUCCAGUAAAGACCUAAAGACGGAUCUUUGCGCCCUGCCCAAUUCCAUCACACCACUUCUACCUGCCCUCCUCCCCCCUCCUCCAGAAGUUAAGGAACCUCAAUUUGAAAAAUACGAUGAUACCUUGAUGCACGAAAAACUUGACACUAUCAUUUCCCAUGCCUCUAACAAAGAGAGUUCCGAUGCUCAAAUGGAAAAGUUAAACGCCCUGCAGGAGCAACUCAAUGCAACUGCCCGCGAAGUUAGUGAGAUGAUGGCAUCCCACUCCAAGAAGACCAUUCAGGAUUACGAGGACAAGAAGGAAGAGGCCAUGGAAGCAGCCCUUGCGCUCGAGAGACGGCUUGCCCAAAAAGAGAGCGUGGAAGCUGAGGUCUCUGCUCUCAAAGAGGAGAAAGAGAGGCUCCUUCAAAGCAUUCGGGAGCUAAGGGAAGAAGAAAGCGAGCUUUCACGAAACAGAAUCAAGCUGGCCAAGGAGGUGGCUGGAAUGGAGACUGCUUUGCGCAUCCGCCAAGAGGAAGUCCACUUAAUGGAAGAUCGUGCGGAAGACCUAGAGAGAAGAAUUGUGGAGGGAGUGUUGGACCAUGCUCGAAGUCAACUCGUAAGCCGUCACUCAGGGUCUGACCGCAUGAGUCUCAAGCGUGUUCCAAGUACGGCCAGUACCACAAAGGGAGGUGGUAUUCUUGGCAGUAGUGUUGGAAUGGCUCUGAAUCGACGCAUGAACAAGCGAACAAAUGGGUCUACGGUGCCAAACGGAAAAAAUGAACGUCGUAUUCUUAGUCUCAGCAACGUUUCUGGCAACCGUGGAAAUCCGGACCGGGGCCCAUAUAGUGGCUCCCACAAUGGCCUAGCCAGCCUGAAGCGCAGCCAUUCAGUCAAGACGAGCCAAGGUUACCGACGACAGUCCUGUGAUACCCGGCUCCUUGGUUCUAACAAGGAAAACGAAUCCGUCCGCGAAGAAGAGGAGAGCAUGAGCGAAGUCGAAAGUGACGCAGGAACUGAAAGAAGAACAAGCUACACAGGUACAUAUGCCGAUAGCGUUUCUUAUAUCACAGGAAGCACAGUAUCCCAAAAUCGCAGUGCAAGUUACUGCUCUACUAACGUGGAUGGUUCAGUUGCAGCAGGAAGUGAGUCGUGGCAAGAGCCCAGCGAAUUGAGCCGAGUCACCAAUGACGAACAGUCUGAGGUAGCUGACAGAGCGGAGACUGAGGAGCAUAGCUCCAGUGAGCUCGAAUCCGAAGAAAGCGAAGACGAGGAAGAAGAUGACGAGGAAGAAGAUGACGAGCCCACCUUGCAUGCCCUAAAGGCAAAGGAAGGUGAUAUGGUGCUCUACCAUCAAACCACCGAUAGCGGUGUAGGUAUGACGACCGAUUAA